CUUUUUCAGCUAUUUACACCUAUUCAUAAAUGGAGUCUUCCAAAUAUACCAGAUGAUAUUGAUAUUUAUAUCAAGCGAGAUGACAUGACUGGAUCUGUUUUAUCAGGUAACAAGGUACGGAAGUUGGAGUUCUUACUAGGUGAAGCCUUAGCAACUGGUUGCCAAGCAGUGAUAACAUGUGGUGGAGUUCAGUCAAACCAUUGUCGCAGCACAGCAGUUGCAGCUAAACAACUUGGUAUUGAAACUCAUCUUCUACUCAGAUCCAGGUCAGAGAACCUUUCUGAGACUGGUUGUCAUGGAAACAUGUUACUGAACAGUUUGAUGGGUGCAUCCAUGUAUUUGGUUCCCAUAAAAGCUCAAGAGAAGACCGACCUUGAGCCAAGAAUGCAGCGGCUUGCCAACAGACUGCAAGAGGAAAAGGGUAUUAAAGCAUAUUCGAUCCCUAUUGGCGGAUCCAAUGUUGUUGGUCUCCAUGGUUACUUGUGUGGCUGGCAAGAACUCUUAGAACAGGGAGUGACUGACAGGGUUUGAUGAUGUCAUACUAACUGU